AUGUAUAAGAAUGAACAGGAAAGAUAUGGUGUUAUAAUAACAUUAUUGUUAUUAUUAAUACAUUUAUACAGGAGAGUAUUGGAACAGAAGUAUCUAUAUAGUAAAGUUAAUGAUAGAGGAUUAAUGCAUAUAUCAGCAUGGAUACUAGGGAUAGGGUAUUAUAAUAAUACUAAUACUAUAUUACAUACCUAUUAG